ACUCCUUUGUGGAGGAAGGGCGAUGAAGGCAAGACUGUUUGCAAUGCAUGCAGCCUCUACUAUAAGCUUCACGGCUCUGCUCGUCCCAUUAGUAUGAAAUCUGAUAUUAUUCGGAAGCGCUCUCGACACGACGCUCGUGCGCAGCGCUCCUCCCUCACCGAGCCCCCAAAGUGCAUCUAA